GGAUAUUUUUUUCAUUACUGUUAUAAUCCUAGUUUGUUAGUCCAAAAGCUGGUGGGCAAAAAUGAAGCCAACACCUGCACUGCUAAAGUUUUUCCCGCCAGUGCUGGCAAACAUAGAAAACAAACGCCCGCCCCUAAAGGUACCUUUCAAAUAUGAGCACGUACCUCGAUUCAGACAUAAAGCAGACUCUAGAACUAGGAUAAUAAACAAUAUGCUCCCCGAUGAGUUCAAGUUGAGUAACAGAAUGCUAUUUUAUUCUAUAUAUUUUGAUCAUGAUAUAAAGCUGGUAUAUAAAGAUCCAAAGCCGAUUGACAUUGAACAAACUCGAAUACUGGAUCUUGGCUCAAAUCUUCUUAUGCUAAGAAUAUACCACACAUUACUUACCAAUCGGCCCGAGACAGACCCAAUAGAGUUGAUAGAUAAGGUUGAUCCAACAGAAAUCAAUACACUCAAAAUACGACAUGACUUUAUUAAUCAAUUUAAUCAGAUCUUGGACUCAAAGAAUCUGCUGUCAAAAAUCUCAAUCAACUCGACACUAUUGAAGACGAUUAAAAUUGAAAAGUCAACUCGACAUAAAGUGUUGCCGAUGCUUAUAGGAUUAGUGCAUUGUCAAUACGGGUAUGAGCAGAGUAAAAAAUUCAUUGAUGAGUGGGUUAUUCGUGGGAAAUGGUCCACUGUCGAAAGUUAUAGCCACAGAGGAUUACUGGAAAUUUAUACAGAUAAGAAGAUGGACGUUUUUUAAGUCUAUUUAUUAUCAACAAGCAUAUAUACAUAGAAUAUUUGAAUCUGUAAAUAGGUAUACCUAAGGCGGACAUCCAAAUGGUACAGGUCUCCAGGAUGGAAACGUCUCAAAUAAAUAUAAGGAGGGCUUGACUCUCUUGUUUUGUACAUAAUUACCAGCAUCAUGAUCAAUAUCUUGAAUCUUUUUCUCUGCAAAAUUGUUGUCGAUGACCCAAAACCUGGUCAUUAUACUUUCUAAUUUCUCUGCU